UUAUUAUUAGUAAAUAUUGUGAUGAAAGGUUAAUUAUUGUUGAUGAGGAUUUGGUGAAAUAAAAAAAGGGACUAAAUUAGGGAAAGUAAUUAUAGGAAAGGGGAGACUAGGUUGUGAAGGAAAAGGCAAGGUAAACAUAAACGGAGGCGAGGGAAGGGGAAGCAAAGAAAUAAGGUGUUUAUUUGUUGGACUCAUUCGCUUCAAACGCAUCUAUCGCUUCCCCACCUCUUUCUACUACCACUCUCUGAAGAUGGUGCUGCUUCUGCUGUUGCCUUUGCUGGCCCUUUUCUCAAGAGAUACCGUUUCUUCCAUUCUCUUUUGAUUCCUUCUCAUCUCCUUUCAUUUUUUUUUUUUUUAUAUAUAUUUUUGCUUUUGGUCCCAUCCUCUUAUUGAACCACUCCGCCUUAUAGGCCUCCGUCUUAUUUCUCUCAUUUUUUCUUCUGUGUUUCUCAUUUUUAUUGCUUCUCCUCUCUCUCUCUUACUUCUGGCAUUUCCAUUCACAUUCUCUCAAACCAUUCAUGGCUGUUCAAGCUCAUAUCCCUCCAAUGUACUCUUUCUAGACUGCAGCGGAAAAGAACCACCACAUGACUAUUCUUUGACAGGGGAACUCCUUGAUCAUAAUCAAUCUCCUAUGUUAUUCAAUAACGGAGGUAGUAAUUCUCGAAAGAGAGGAAGAGAAGCAGCAGCAGCAGCAGCUAAGGCCAUUGCGCCAAACCUUGUCAAUUCCUUCUCUUUACAAUCACAAUCACAAUCUCCACAGUUCGUAGACCUCACUCAACUUCAUAAUCAAAAUGUAGUCUCCACAGGACUGGGCUUAUCCUUUGGUGACCAACAAUUACAUCAGCAGCAACAGCAAAAUCAUGGCUGUCACUCCUCUUCUUUUCUAUCUCUAUUACCCGAUGGUUUGACCUUGCAAAUCAAACAACAGCACGAUGAGAUCGACCGAUUCCUUCAAGUUCAGGGCGAGCAAUUGCGACGGGCAUUGACGGAGAAGAGGAAGAGGCAUUAUCGGGCACUGCUAAGGGUAACGGAGGAAUCGGUGUUGCGGCGGCUGAGGGAGAAGGAGGCAGAAGUGGAGAAAGCGACUAGACGCAACGCGGAGCUGGAGGCACGCGCGGCACAGCUUGGCGUGGAGACGCAGCUUUGGCAGGCCAAGGCGAAGGCGCAGGAAGCAACUGCGGCAUCGUUGCAGGCGCAGCUGCAGCAGGCCAUGAUGAGUGGCGAAGACGGCGGAGGAGGGCUGUCAUGUGCCGGGGGCGAGGCGGAGGAUGCCGAGUCAGCAUGUGUUGACCCGGAGCGAGUUGGUCCGAAAUGCAGAGGUUGCGCAAAACGGGUGGCUUCUGUGGUGGUUUUGCCGUGUCGACACCUGUGCAUCUGCGCUCAGUGCAACACGCAUUUUCGGGCGUGUCCAGUUUGCCUCACCGUUAAAAAUUCAACCGUUCAGUCGAUUUUCUUAAUUUCAGGACCAAUUCACAGGUCUCUCCCAACGAAACACACCCAAAUCAAUACUCAAAACCAAUUAUAGUCAUAAUUAUA